CUUUAUUUGAACAAGGAAAAAGAAUACCAUACCAUAUAAACAAACUCCAAUCCAAACAAUCAAAAUCCAAAAAAACACACAAAAUUACAAUGGCGUCGUUUAAAAUCGGAUUAUCAAAGCAGGCGAUUUUUACAGUUACUCUGUUAAUUUUACUGCUCUCUCUUCUUCUAAGCACAGCUUUUGCCGCUUCUGGCGGCAGAAUGGGCGGCGACUCUUUCUCCAGUUCUUCAUCCUCCUCGUCAUCCUCCUCGUCGUCGUCAUCGUCAGAGUCUUAUAGUUAUGAUCAUCCAGAUCAUUCUUCAUCAUCACGUCGUUAUUCACAUUCUAAUUAUGAUGAUGGGUAUUCUCCAUGGAUGGCUCUUUUGAUCAUCUGCGGUUUCUUUGGAGCUUUCCUUUUUAUUCUGUUUGCUCUCUUCUAUUGCGUCUCUAAAGCACAGCAAUGCAGUCUCAUAAUGGUUCAGGUUGGAUUAACAGGGAAGGCUAAUUCACUUCAGAAACAGCUCAAUGAAAUUGCCAAAACUGCAGACACUUCUUCAUCGAACGGAUGGAAUCUCAUCCUCACAGAAACGACAUCAACAUUACUCCAACAUCAACAAUAUUUCAUCUCUGGUUACACAACUGUUAAAGCUCAGUUGGACGUUCAUAAUCUGGGGAAGAGCUUUAAACAACUCCUAAAGGAAGAAAGACAAAAAAAUAGACAUUGAAUCUCUGGUUAAUGUUAACAAUGUUAGGAGGCAGAUAAAAGUUACUCCGAAAUCUAGUAAACCCGACAAAAGUUACAUUGUGGUA